UUUUACGUCACUGCAUUUAUCUCUCUAAGCCAGAUACUCUCUUAUUUAUAAAUAUCCUCCCUUUUUCUCUCUCCCAACGUAUAUAAAUAUAUAUUUAAGCUCACAUGCUUUUUCAAUCUUCAUCACAAUUUUUCUACUUUCAUAAAAUAAAUUUUCGAGGAAAAAAGAAAGAUAGAAAACAAGAAAAACGACCUUAAUUUGUUUUCCAUCAGUGUUCUUUAAAAAAAAAAAAAAAUUGAAUUUUUAUUUGGCUGGCCAGAAGAAAUAUUAAUUAGCUACAGCCAUGGCCUGCGUUGAUAAGAAAAUAACCAUGGUUAAUUUGGUGUGGUUCUGUCUGGCUGCCAUUUUAUUGUUUUCUUAUGAAAUUUCAGCUAAGCUUCAUAUAUUCGAGCAGCCCACGAAAGGUGAUGGCACGGUGAAGUUUUUGGUUAUUGGAGAUUGGGGAAGAAAAGGAGAGUUUAAUCAAUCACAAGUUGCUUUUCAGAUGGGAAGAAUUGGAGAAGAAUUAGACAUAGAUUUUGUAGUGUCAACAGGCGACAAUUUCUAUGAUGAUGGUUUGAAUGGAGAAUCUGAUCCAGCAUUUGUGGAAUCAUUCACUAAUAUUUACACAGCCAAGAGCCUCCAAAAACAAUGGUUUAGUGUUUUAGGUAAUCAUGAUUAUAGAGGUGAUGUAGUGGCACAAAUAAGUAGUGCCCUCCGGAAAAUUGACCAUAGAUGGCUUUGUUUGAGGUCCUUUGUAAAUUUGGAGUCGUCACUUAAGAAAUCACGAGCAAAAUGGAAAAUUGUCGUUGGACAUCAUGCCAUUAGAAGUGUGGGCCACCAUGGUGACACCCCAGAGCUUAUAACUCACCUUCUUCCCAUUCUUCAGGCCUACAAUGUCGAUUUCUACAUGAACGGGCACGACCAUUGUCUCGAACAUAUCAGUGACAAUACGAGCCCUAUCCAAUUCUUGACAAGUGGGGCCGGGUCAAAGGCAUGGAGGGGAGAUGUUAAGAGCCUAAAUGAAGAAACCCUUAAAUUUUUCUAUGAUGGACAAGGUUUUAUGUCUGUUCAAUUGACAGAAAAUGAAGGGGAAAUUGUUUUUUAUGAUGUGUUUGGAAGAGUGUUACACAAAUGGGCAAAGUCCAAGCAGCUGCAUUUGGAAAUGUAAUUACUUUAGGUUGUGAGAAUAUAUGUUGUGGCUCAAUUUAUUAAGAUAGGUGCAGGUGUAAUUAAAUAAAAAGUAGAAAAAUGUUUUGUUAUUGCCCAACCUCACAAGUUCUACUUUUAUAGUUUUGUAGAGUAUAGUUUAUAAUUGUGUUUACAUUGUUUGCCAUCUAACGGAUUUCGUCAUACUUGAUCCGGAGAUGUGAAUAUGAAGUAUUUCAUUUUGUGUUAU